GGCCAGCUGUCUGCUGUCGUCCAAUCACGCCAUAGAUUGUGAUUUGGCAGAUAUUUAACAGAAUCGGACGGUGGGCUGUCCAGCUGCUCAGAAGGUGAAAACCUACGGACUUUCAGAGUUUUUCUGAAUAUUUUGUUUUGUUUCAUUUCCAACUCUGUUCAGACAUGGAGAGAAUUGUCGUGGUAACCGGAGCAAACAGCGGCAUCGGCCUGGCCCUGUGUGACCGGCUGCUGUCCGAGGACGGCCGGCUGCGGCUCUGCCUGGCCUGCAGGAACAUGAAGCGGGCGGAGGCCGCCCGCGCCGCUCUGCUGGCGCGUCACUGUGACGCGCAUGUGGACCUGUUGCACCUGGACGUGGGCUCUGCACAGUCGGUGCUCAGUGCUGCAGAGGAACUCAAGGCCAGGUACCGCUGCGUGGAUUUUUUGUAUCUGAACGCAGGAAUUAUGCCCAAUCCGACGGUGGACAUAAGAGCGUUUUUCAAAGGACUGUUUUCCAGGAACGUCAUCAACAUGUUUGCGACAGCUGAGGGUCUGCUGACUCAGCAGGACCAACUCAACUCGGAUGGCCUUCAGGAGGUUUUUGCCACAAACCUGUUUGGACAUUUCCUCCUGAUCAGGGAGCUGGAGCCUCUGCUGUGUCAGCCGGGUCACACCUCCAGGCUGGUGUGGACGUCGUCCAGCAACGCCCGGCGCUCGGCCUUCAGCAUCCAGGACAUCCAGCACAGGCGAGGGAAGGAGCCCUACAGCUCCUCCAAAUACGCCUCGGACAUGCUCAGCGUGGCGCUCAACAAACACAAGAACCAGCAGGGGCUGUUCUCCUCUGUGAUCUGCCCAGGCCUGGUGAUGACUAACCUGACCUAUGGGAUCCUGCCCUCCUUCUUCUGGACUCUCAUCAUGCCCAUCAUGUGGUUGAUCCGGAUUUUCACCAACACUUUCACGCUCACGCCAUACAACGGAGCCGAGGCACUGCACUGGUUGUUUCUUCAGAAGCCAGAGUCUCUGGAUCCCAGAGCAAAGUACCAGAGCUUAACAUCCGGACUGGGGACCAACUACACCGAGCCACGCAGGAUGGACCUUGAUGAUGAAAUGACUGAGGUCUUCUUCUCUAAGCUCCUUGAGCUUGAGAGAGAAGUGAGAAGAAACCUGAGCAAGAAAACCGCUGACAGUAAACAUUAUCAGCAGUAUCUCAAUGAGAUACAGUAGCAGUUUUUAUUUUUAAAAACAGGGUUUUAAUAUUUUAUAACCUCUGCACAUUGAACUUCAUUAAAUGUUUUUGCUGAAUCUAAUCAGGAGGUAUUACUUCAGCACAUGCACAAAUGAGCCAGAAGUACUGUGGCCUGUCCGCCCGUCACGAGCAAAGGGUCAGUAAUGCGAGUAAAUAAUUAACAUAAUUAUUUGCUGUGUCUCCGACUUAAAUGUAAUCAUUUAACAACAGAAACCAUUUUAAUUCUUCUAUUGAGUUAGUUGAAUUAAAGUGUCUUAAGUGUUUAUCUCAUUUGGUCAAACUCUUGUAUAUACACAGAAGUGGUAUGUUUUAUUAUAUAACAGAUACUAGCGUGAACUGUUCUAGACCUUAUCAGGCAGGUGUCAUACAUAACAGAGACUGAACUCUUUAGCUAUAACAUGUUUUUUUCUGUUAAGGAUCACCUAUUCUGGCAUUUUCAAUCUAAAUGACUAGUUUUAGUAGCAGCAAUUAUAAUAAUUUUCCAUAGCCAAAGUUAAACCUAGUACAUUUUUUGGCUUCUGAGGUCUAGUUUACAACAAUUCAGUCAAACUUGUAUGCAAAUUCAGAUUCAUGACAUUUUCUGACGCCACUGUUCAAGAUUGGUACAACAUUUUGGUUCACAGAAUUCAGAUUCCCAACAGAGUUAAGUAAUGUACUGCAGUAAGGUUGGGCAUUCAUUGUAUUGUUUAUAUUUUAUUAUAAUAAAUUUCUUAAGAAUUUUGACUUAUCACAAAAAAAUAAUAAUAAAAACUACAAAUUGUUGGGAUUGUCAGUUUUACUAUUUUCUUCACUGUUUGUUCAAUGCAAGUACCAAUAAAAAUAAAUACAUUUUGAAAACAUGAUUAAAUUCAGUUACUAUUUGCAUUUAAGUGAAACAAAUCACAUUUCAUUUGAUUGAUGUUCUAAAAAACAGACCUAAAAAAUAAGUGAUACAUUGCGUUAUCACUUAUCAUUAUCACAACAAUACCCAAAAAUAUAGAUAUAAAACUCGAUGACCACUAUUAAAGGAGCAUUCUGCAACAUUUACUAACUAUAGACAACUGGAUUGUUUGACACAUACAGAUUGUAUUAAAUGUAGUUUGUGACAUUUAAUUGGUAAGAAUGGAAAAUGAUCAAUUGUAUUAAAUUACACAAUUUGACAUGAGGCCCUGCU